AUGGCUCCCAAACUGUACGGUAUUAAGGCUAGUCCCCCAGUCAGAGCUGUGCUGAUGUGUGCUAAAGCUAUAGAUCUUCAGAUAGAAUUAGUGGAAAUAGAUAUAAUGAAUGCAGAGCAUCUCUCUGAAGAAUUUCGUAAGAAAAAUCCUCAACAUACCAUUCCUGUUUUGGAAGACGAUGACGGAUUUGUCGUGCCUGACAGCCAUGCCAUCAUAGGAUACUUGGUGGCAAAGUAUGGUAAAGAUGACUCGCUAUACCCCAAAAACGACUAUAAAUUAAGAGCUACCAUCGACCACAGACUACAUUUGGAUUCCAGUAUUUUAUUCGUCAGAAUAUUAGCUAUUUCGAGACCCCUUUUUUUGAAAGGCCUAAAACCGACCCAGGAGAAACUCGACGAACUUAAGGAAGCCAUUGGUUUUUUGGAGAGAAUAUUUGUCGAGAACAAGACGGAUUAUAUUGCUGGGAAUAUGCCAACCAUUGCCGAUUUCAGUAUCGUAGCUACUGUGACAUCCGCAAAUGCUAUGGUUCCUUACUCGGACUUUCCUAACGUCAAAGCGUACAUAGAAAGAUUUCAAAAAUUGCCAUACUACGAGGCAAAUAAAGAAGGUUUGGCCAUUUCGCAAAACUUUUUCGAAGCGUUAUUGAAAGCCUAA